GAGAGGGGACACAAAACGUGAAAGCGCCUCACUCUCUUCUCUCUCUCUAUUUCAUUUUUUUUCUUUUUCAAUUUUUUUAUUUUUGAAAUUGAGUUUUGGCCUUCUGUCCCUCUCUGAAAGAGCUCUGGCCUCGGCGGGAUAUGGCGGUGGCGGUGGUGGUGUAGGUGGAGGAAAGCGAAGUGGAUAUCGACGACGGCGUUUCCGCCGUCUCUGAACUCCGACGACUUCUGAAACUACGAAAUUUCUCCUUUCAAAUACUUGACGUAGGUUGAGGCUGGGAGCGGUGGUGGGAGAAUAGGCGGAGUUUGCUUUCGAGAUCUAAGGUGUGGAUUUAAAUAUUUCUGGAAUGUGCGUAAUGGAAUGCCGCUGUUGCAGUACCAGUUUCUAGGUUUUGUUCGUGUUCUGAUGCUAUUGCUGUCCAAAAAUCCUGACUAUACAUGCCAUGACUACCAAACGGGCGUACAAGCUGCAAGAGUUUGUGGCACAUUCUUCCGCGGUCAAUUGCCUGAAGAUUGGAAGGAAGUCAUCCCGUGUUCUUGUCACAGGGGGUGAAGAUUUCAAGGUCAAUCUCUGGGCUAUUGGUAAACCCAAUGCCAUACUGAGUUUGACUGGCCAUACAAGCGGAAUAGAUUCUGUAAGCUUUGACUCAUCAGAAGUGUUGGUAGCUGCAGGGGCUGCUAGUGGCACAAUCAAGCUUUGGGAUUUGGAGGAGGCUAAAAUUGUUCGAACACUUACUGGUCAUAGAUCCAAUUGCAUUUCUGUGGAUUUUCACCCCUUCGGAGAAUUCUUUGCCUCUGGAUCAUUGGAUACAAAUCUUAAAAUAUGGGAUAUAAGGAAGAAAGGGUGUAUCCACACAUACAAAGGUCACACUCGAGGGGUCAAUGCAAUCAGAUUUACUCCAGAUGGUCGUUGGGUUGUAUCUGGUGGAGAAGACAACACGGUGAAGCUCUGGGAUCUAACUGCUGGAAAGUUGUUGCAUGAUUUCAAGUGCCACGAGGGUCAGGUUCAGUGUAUAGAUUUUCACCCUCAUGAGUUUUUGCUGGCAACAGGUUCUGCAGACAAAACUGUUAAAUUUUGGGACCUUGAAACCUUUGAGUUGAUUGGUUCAGCUGGACCAGAGACCAGUGGAGUCCGUUGUUUGACUUUUAAUCCUGAUGGGAGGACACUACUUUGUGGAUUGCAUGAAAGUUUGAAGGUUUUCUCAUGGGAACCGAUAAGAUGUCAUGAUGGUGUGGAAGUCGGUUGGUCUAGGCUGUCUGAUCUUAAUGUUCAUGAGGGAAAACUUCUUGGCUGUUCAUACAAUCAGAGCUGUGUUGGAGUGUGGGUUGUAGACAUCACGCGCACAGAGCCCUAUGCAGUUAAUAAUGUUAACAGAGUAAAUGGUCGCUCAGAACCUAAAUCCAGCAGUAAUCUACCAUUGCAAAAUGAGAACAAUGCCAAGGCUGGUUUUGGUGGAUUGUCAGUAUCACAAACUUCUGAUCCGUUAUUGAAGGAAACCAAAACAUUAGGAAGGUUGUCAGUUUCUCAAAAUUCAGAUGUUGUCAAGGAUCCAAAACCUUUGUCGUCCGCAGGAAAUGGACCAAGUACUCCCCAAAGGAUCAGUUUGAAUGCUGGCCCAAAGACUAACUUGGUCAGCUCAGUUACAGCACCUAGUGUAGUGGUACCGAAGAGAAACUCUGUAAAGGGUUCUUCAACAUUCAACAACCCAAUCUUCAAUAAAUCAGAUGUCAUACCCGUUAUUGUACCCAGGUCAAAUUCAAGGCAUGAGCAGGAUGAUUCUAGAAAGGAAUUCGAUGUUGCUGGAAGAGUAGUGCCAGUACCCAGGUCAAAUUCAAGGCAUGAGCAGGAUGAUUCUAGAAAGGAAUUCGAUGUUGCUGGAAGAGCAGUGACAGUACCCAGGUCAAGUUCAAGGCAUGAGCAGGAUGAUUCUAGAAAGGAUUUCGAUGUUGCUGGAAGAGCAGUUCCAGUACCAUUGCUAUCAAAAGCUGCUGAUAGUAGGAGGUUUCCAAAUGGUAGAGAUGAAGUUGAUAAUUCAACUAUCUCCGUUCUUUCUGAAUCCAGAGGUUUGAAAGCUGCUGAUAUGGGCACCAUUGUAGAUAGGAAUUCCUUGCAUGGUAUCGGUUCACAGAAAAUUGCGAAAGAUGAAAGGUAUAUUGGAUCUGGCAAGAAUGAAACGGAAACAAAAGAGACAACAGCAAGCUUCAAGCAUGAAGAUGAAUCUCGAGGGCAUAAAACAAGCAGAGACACAUCUUUUACCGAUACUACAAAAGGAGGGAGGAUGCGUUCACAUGUUGUUGAUUGGGACAAAAGAGAAAGAUCAUCUUCUCAUUAUAGCCGGCUAACAUAUAAUGCCUCUCCUGGAAGAGCAGCUGCACUUGACAAUCUUCCAUUAAGUAACGGGAGAAGUUAUCAUCGAUCUCCAGAGAAAGAGACGAUAGCACCUGCAACCGAUGAGGAUACCAUAGCAAACGUACUAGAACAACACAAUCAAUUUGUCAGCUCGAUGCAAUCUCGUUCAGCAAAAUUGCAAGCGGUCUAUAGAUAUUGGGAGAGGAAUGAUAUUAAAGGGGCAGUGUCUGCGAUGGAGAAAAUGGCUGAUCACGCGGUUGCUGCUGAUGUAAUUGGUAUUUUGACGGAGAAAAUUGAAGUUGUCACACUGGAUAUCUGCAGUGUCAUCUUGCCACUUCUUUCUGGUCUCCUUGAAAGUGACAUGGACAGGUUUAUAGACAUCUCCAUGGAGAUGGUUGUGAAGCUGGUGAGGACGUUCGGUUCGGUGAUCUAUUCAACAAUAUCAGCAACAUCAUCCGUUGGUGUAAAUAUUGAGGCAGAGCAGAGGUUGGAGCGAUGCAAUCUCUGCUUCAUCGAGCUUGAAAAAGUCAAGCGCUGCCUCCCCGCCCUUAUGAGAAAAAGGGGAUCGGUAGCGAAGUCCGCGCAGGAGUUGAAUCUCGCGUUGCAGGAAUUCCAAUGACAAAAAAAAAAAAGAAAAGAAAAAGGAGAGAGGAGUUUAGAGAUGAAAAUACUAAAAUAUCCUUUUCCAUCUGGGUUGGUUUGAAGAUGGAGAUGGGGUUGGUUCUGGUUCUGGUUCUUCCCUGAGUAAGCGAUUUUCGACAUCAUCCUAUUUUUCAUCUUCAUCUUCAUUUUGGUUGAUAGUAGUGAGUGAGUUUUAAGUAAAGUAGAAAGUACAGCGCGACUGACGACUGCCUAAUUCUCUGCACAUACCCAAUCAGGAAAGGCUCUACUAAUGGUAGUAGUUCGUAGGAGUUUGUUUUGGCCAACCAAUUACCCCAAGUAGUGAAGGAGGUGAUUGAGUUACCUUACCCUAAAACUUCCCAUUUCUUUCUUUCUUUCUUUGUGCUAACAACCUCUCCUCUACUACUAUCGCCAUCACCAUCUAAUCUUGUAAUUGAAUAUUCGUUGUGUCUUUGGUGUUGUUUAUAUAUUAUAUUCUCCCCCCAUGAACAUCUCUUUCUUACAUAUAUCCACUAAUCUCUUGUAAUAGCGGCAGACACGUCUCAUGUAUGUUACCAAUUCAUUAAAUUUAAAGGUUGGUUUCUGGUUUUUGGCCUU